ACCUCCAGUAGAAAUGAUACGUUUAUUUCUUGGCAGUGUUAGCAGAAGGUGCUGGGUUCAAAGUAAAGUUGAGAGAGCCCGGGAUAAAGAGAGCGGGGGAGGAGGGAGAAAGUGAGGCUCGGGAUAGGGAUAGAUAGAGAGAGAGGGAGAGAGGGAAAAAGACGCAGGAUAGUUUGCCAUUUUUCUGGUUUCUGUCGAGUGACAUCCGCAUUUCUCUGCGCACCGGUAUUCAUUCGGUUUACACUAUAAGUUAUGCUGCUAUCUGUUUUUCCUACCAAAGCGCAUAAUCGCAAAUUUUGUCACAUUAUGUUUCACCUUGCCCAAACUAUCUUUUUGCAGACUUAUUCUCCUCACAAGUUCCUUUCCCAGCUGAGUUGUGUAUCAUUCCCAGACGAGAUCUGGGACAGCAGGAAGACUAUGAGAGGGGCUUGGAAUAGAUAGAUUGAAGGAAAGACUACAGCUGGGAAUUAUAGAGAGAGGGCAAACUGAGGGAGACCCAAGACUGAGAAAGACCUUGAAAAGAGAACCAAAUAGAGGAAGAGAGAGCGAUUGAGAAACCAUCUCCAAUGCGGGGUGCCAUGUGUAUUUGACUAAUUAUCACUAAGAUGACUGAAACAGAGGCUGAUGUCCCUCCCCCUUCUCUUGUCAUCCAGUCUAAGACUCAUAAAGACACUAUUUUGACUAAUUUUGAAGAACAAAGAAAAAGAGAUUUUUUAUGUGACAUUACUCUGAUUGCUGAGGAUGUUCACUUCAAAGCCCACAAAGCGCUGCUUGCUGCCAGCAGUGAAUAUUUCUCCCUGAUGUUUGCUGAUGAGAGCCAGCAAGGCCAGGCUAUCUAUAUGCUUGAUGGAAUGGCUGCAGACACCUUCAGCGCCGUGCUGGAAUUCAUAUACACCGGUCGUCUGAAUGUCACAGAAAGGUCCAUUCAGCGUGUUGUGACUACAGCUGAGGUUCUGAAAGUGAAUGAUUUGAUCAAGGCAUACUCAGACUAUCAAGAUGACCAUUUACAUGUUAAGGUAUCCCUAGCUUCCAGUGGAAUCAAGGUGGUCGUUGUGGAACCCAGUGUUGAGGAUAAUCAGCCUUCAAAGCCAAAACGCAAGAGGGGAAGGCCCCGAAAAUGUGAGCAAGUGCAAGUCGAAAGCAAUGACGUUGACAGUGAGCCUCUGAAUGGCCCAAAGGAACAUCAGAACAAACUUGGACAGUCCACAGAAGAAAUUAAUUGUAAAAUAAACUGUAAGGACAACAGUGCAGGGAAACAAAGCAGUAAGCCGUCAGAAUCGGCAGCCUGUCUCGAUAUUGGGACAGGCGCGGAGUCUCCCUUACAAGACGGUUAUGAACAUAGAAUAGCAACAUUGGUCGGUCACAGCCGCUAUAGCAACCGUAGAAUUCAAAGGCCCAUUAAGUUAAUGGGCUACAAACUUGGAAUGGUGGAAGAAGAAGAGGAGAAAGUAAGGAAGCGAGGACGAAAGAGGAAGUAUCCAGAUAUAGAAGCUAGAUGUAAAGACUGUGAUAAAGUAUUUAAGAAUCACCACUUCUUGACUAUACAUCGAAGAACGCACACAGGUGAACGCCCUUUUAAGUGUUUUGAGUGUGGUAAAGGAUUUUCACAGAAGCACACACUGCAAGUUCAUGAGCGCAUGCACACGGGGGAGCAUCCUUAUCGUUGUCCGGCUUGUGGAAAGUCUUUGACAACCAAGCAUUCCCUUUUGGAGCAUAUGAGCCUGCAUACAGGAAAGAAGGCCUUUAGCUGUGAUCAGUGUGAAAAGCUUUUUACUCAGAAGAGACAACUGAAGAGUCAUUACAGAGUCCAUACAGGUCAGUCUUUGCCUGAAUGUGCACACUGUCAUCGUAAAUUCAUGGAUGCUGCUCAACUCAAGAAGCAUGUGAGAACCCACACAGGUGAGAAACCAUUUACAUGUGAGAUUUGUGGUAAAUGUUUUACUGCAAAAAAUACCCUGCAGACCCACAUAAGAAUCCACAGGGGAGAAAAGCCGUUUUCCUGUUCUAUCUGUGGAAAAAGCUUUGCAGAUCCUAGUGCAAAACGACGUCAUGAUGCUAUGCACACUGGAAACAAGCCGUUUGUUUGCUCAACAUGUAAUCAGCGAUUCACUCGUGCUGACAACCUAAGGUCUCAUAUGAAGAUUCACAGCAAGGAAAGGAAAGCCCAUGGAUUAGUUAAUGUACCAGGUGGUACAGAGGAGGUGAAGACAAUUUUGCAGCUUCAGCAGUACCUUCCUACAACAGGUGAACAACAGAUUCAGCUUGUAGUCACCAAUGAUGUUCAUAACAUAAAUUUCAUGCCCAACCAUGGACAAAGCAUCAGCAUUAUUUCAGCUGAGGGGUCACAAAAUCUCCCUGAGGAACAGACCUCAAACUUGGCUCUGCUAACUCAGCCAGCAGAGCACAUGCAGAAUUUGACUUUAGUAUCCCAGCCUGGACAAACAGACGACAUUCAAGCCAUUGGCAUGGUGGAAAACCAAGAAGGUGCAGGACAGCCGGAACAAAUGCAUGUGAUCACAUUGACAAACGAGGAAGUAGAACACCUCCAAGAUCAAGCUCAGCAAUUGCAUAUAACACAUGGGAGAUCACAGUCUAUUAGUCUUGGGCAGGAGGCUACUCAGCCAGGUCAGUUGAACCAGGGAGAAGCUCAGCACUUCCAACAGAAUCGAUCUGUACCUGCUUCUGAGCCACCAUCUCAAGGACUAUCUGUGAAUCAAAGCUCGCAGAAAACACAGGGAGAACAUAUCACAGACCAGACAUUCCAGCUGCAAGCAGGCAGUGUUUCUUAUCUCUAUACGACCAAUUUGGUCACACAGAACUAGGGAAAUCAAACUGGUUUGAAUGCUUACUGAAAGCAGAACAUUUUUGAAUGACUAUUUAAAAUGGAAGCUAACUCAUAAUUUGAUUUUGUUCAGAUGCUUACAGAGGAUAUAUAACAUAGCACCAUUAUUUGCUAAUUUUAGUAUAGAAUUUUUAAUAUGUUCCAGAUUGUUUCCUCCUCCUUUGCUUUUACAUCUUUGACUCUUUAGAGGUGGUACUAAAGUCUCACAAAGCAUUACGCUGGAUUUCUUUCCCCUCUACCCAAACAAGAUAUACGUACAUGAAUUCCAAGUUGAAUAUCAUCAUUUAGUGCUACUUUUAACAUUUAAGUAAGUUAAAAGAAAAUGCCUUUUCAAUUGAUUUUGUCAGAUCAAUGCAAAUAUAUGUUAGAAUAUCAACUGGAGCCUCAGUUUAAAUGUUUCUGGGUGUCUGUUGUGCCUUUUUGGAAGUAAUAUACUUGAGAUCUUUACAACAAAUAUAUUUGCUAACUCAAUCCUUUUUGCUGCUUUCUUUGAAGAUUUUGAAUUAAAAUAUCAAAUAUGUUUAUUUAAUAAGAGAAUUAUAAUUAUGUACAUAGUUUGAACUUCUAUUCAUGUUGCAAAGUAUUUCUUAAAUACAAGUUAUGAGUCUAAGUUCUGGUUUAGAAGCUGAACCUGAUUAGGAAGAACAUUUGUUUAUUUCUUUGACCCUUUCUUUUUCUUUGUUUUUUGGGGUAUUUCAAAUUAUCAAAGUUAUAGUUUUUUUUAAAGAAAAUGCUAGAUUUUACUAAUAAAUACAUAUUUUGCAUUUUGGUUGAAGAUUAAAUUGCAACAAUUUGUUAAAUAAAAUGUGUGCAUUUAUAGUUCUGAAUUCUGAAUGGUAAAAGUGUAAGUUAUGUGUUUGAUAUUAAUACAAAAGUUUUCAGAUUCUCUCUCCCAUUUCACGCACAUCAGCUUUCACCUCAUCCUCCCGCCACCCCACUCGGGAUAGGGUUCUCCUUGUCCUCACCAACCAUCCCACCAGCCUUCGGGUCCAAAAUAUAAUUCUGUAACCUCCGCCACCUCCAACGGGAUCCCACUACCAAGCACGUCUUUCCCUCCCCCCCCCCCCCUUCUGCCUUCCGUAGGGAUCGCUCCCUACGCAACUCCCUUGUCCAUUCGUCCUCCCCAUCCCUUCCUACUGAUCUCCCUCCCGGCACUUACCCUUACACUUCCUCCCUCACCACCACUCAGGGCCCUAGACAGUCCUUCCAGGUGAGGCGAUACUUCACCUGUGAGUUGGCUCGUGUGGUAUACUGCGUCCGGUGCUCCCGGUGUGGCCUUCUAUAUAUUGGUGAGACCCAACGCAGAUUGGGAGACCGUUUCACUGAACACCUAUGCUCUGUCCGCCAGAGAAAGCAGGAUCUCCCAGUGGCCACACAUUUUAAUUCCACGUCCCAUUCCCAUUCUGAUAUGUCAAUCCAUGGCCUCCUCUGCACACACUCAGAAGAUGAAGAUGAAGCCACACUCAGGUUGGAGGAACAACACCUUAUAUAUCGGCUGGGUAGCCUCCAACCUGAUGGCAUGAACAUUGAUUUCUCUAACUUCCAUUAAUGCCCCCUCCUCUUCUUACCCCAUCCCUUAUUUAUUUGU